UAUAAUAAUUUCUCAAGUCUACAAUACACACAACACACGCCCAUUCGAUUUUCCCUCCAUAGUUCUCCUCACUCUCCUUCAGCAGCGACUCACUCACUACUGACCAAGGAAGAUGGAGAAAGAAGCUGGUGGAUCCCCACCACCUCCGACUUCAACCAAUGGAAAGACAGAGAAGACGGAUGCUCCCAAACUGAAGAAAGACCAGUCGGAUGUUCUCAGACAUUCUAUUGUCAGCAGGCAGGGAUUUGGAACUACCGGUCGGCGCAUACCUUUGCUCAGCAACCACUUUAAAGUUUCGGUCAAUGCUCCAGAUGCUGUGUUUUACCAAUACAGUGUUUCUCUUACUUCAGAAGAUAAGAGAGCUGUUGAAAGCAAGGGAAUUGGUCGAAAGAUAAUUGAUAGGCUUUACCAAACAUAUUCCUCUGAACUUGGUAGUAAAAGGUUUGCUUAUGAUGGUGAGAAAACUCUCUAUACAGUGGGCCCUCUGCCCCAGCACAAGUUGGAGUUCACAGUAGUGCUUGAGGAGUCAUUUGCAAAACAGGAAAACUGCAGUCCAAAUGGUGGUGGAAGCCCGCAUGCUACGACUAAGAGGUCAAAGCAUUCUUUUCAUUCGAAGACUUUUAACGUAGAAAUAAGCUAUGCUGCUAAAAUUCCCUUGAAGUCAAUUGCUCUAGCUCUGAAAGGAGUUGAGGCUGAUAAUAGUACUCAAGAUGCUCUAAGAGUGCUAGAUAUUAUCUUGAGGCAGCAAGCAGCGAACAGGGGGUGCCUUUUAGUAAGACAGUCGUUUUUCCAUGAUGAUUCAAGGAACUUUACUGAUGUUGGAGGAGGUGUUACUGGUGUUCGGGGGUUCCAUUCCAGCUUCCGGACCACUCAGGGUGGCCUGUCUCUCAAUAUGGAUGUUUCUACUACAAUGAUCUUAACCCCUGGACCAGUGAUCGAUUUUCUGUUAACUAAUCAGAAUGUACGGGAGCCACGGAAUGUUGACUGGGUGAAGGCAAAAAGGAUGUUGAAAAAUAUGAGGAUUAAGCCUAGGCACCGUAACAUGGAAUUUAAGAUUAUAGGCUUGAGUGAGAAGCCCUGUAAUCAGCAGUAUUUCCCUAUGAAAGUUAAAAACAGUGACAGUGCAAAUGGAGAAUCAGAAACUGUGGAGUUAACCGUAAAUGAGUACUUCAAUAGACACUGUGGCAUAGAACUCACCUAUUCUGCAUUCUUACCCUGCCUUGAUGUUGGAAAACCAAAAAGACCAAACUAUCUGCCAAUAGAGCUUUGUUCACUUGUAUCACUCCAGCGGUAUACAAAGGCUCUGUCAUCAACUCAGAGAGCAUCUUUGGUUGAAAAAUCUCGACAAAAGCCUUUAGACAGAAUGCGGACUGUGACUGAUGCUGUGAGGAACUACAAUUAUGAUGAUGAUUCUAUGCUUUCUGUAUGUGGUAUAUCUAUCGAGAAACAACUGACGCAGGUGGAUGGUCGUGUUCUUGAGACACCAAAAUUGAAGGUUGGAAAUAGCGAGGACUGUAUCCCACGUAAUGGGCGGUGGAACUUCAAUAACAAGACACUUUGGAAAUGCACCACCAUUGACCGCUGGGCUGUUGUCAACUUUUCUGCUCGCUGCGAUACUAGUCAUAUCUCUCGUGAUCUUAUUAAUUGUGGAAGGAAAAAGGGCAUUCAAAUUGAACGUCCAUAUACAUUAAUUGAGGAGGACCCACAAUCUAGAAGAUCUGGUCCUCUUGCUAGAGUAGAAAAAAUGUUUGAGCAGAUUAGAGCAAAGCUUCCAGGUGCUCCACAAUUUAUUUUGUGCGUUUUGCCAGAGAGGAAAAACUCUGAUAUUUAUGGACCAUGGAAGAAGAAAUGUUUGAGUGAUUUUGGCAUCAUUACACAGUGCAUUUCUCCUUUUAAGAUUAAUGACCAGUAUCUUACUAAUGUACUACUUAAGAUCAACUCUAAGCUUGGAGGAAUAAACUCUUUGUUAGAAAUUGAACACACCAAACAUAUACGCCACAUAAUGGAUACUCCCACAAUGAUUUUGGGCAUGGAUGUGUCUCACGGUUCUCCUGGCCGUUCAGAUAUUCCAUCAGUAGCUGCGGUCGUUGGCUCGCUACAUUGGCCAUUGAUUUCAAGAUAUAGAGCAUCAGUAAGAACACAAUCUCCUAAGGUGGAGAUGAUUGAUGCUCUGUUCAAGCCUGUAGAUGAUAAGAAUGAUGAUGGCAUAAUGAGGGAGCUGCUAAUAGAUUUCUAUCAGACCAGCAAUGGGCGAAAACCAAAGCAGAUUAUUCUGUUCAGGGAUGGUGUGAGCGAGUCACAGUUCAAUCAGGUUUUGAACAUUGAAGUGGAGCAAAUCAAACAGGCGUUUCAACAUCUUGGCGAGGAUGAAAUUCCCAAAUUCACAGUAAUUAUUGCUCAAAAAAAUCACCAUACAAAGCUAUUUCAAGCUAGUGGCCCUGAAAACGUUCCUGCUGGGACAGUUGUAGAUACCAAGAUCGUGCAUCCUAGAAAUUACGACUUUUAUAUGUGUGCUCAUGCAGGAAUGAUAGGCACUUCAAGGCCAGCACAUUACAUUGUGUUGCUUAAUGAGAUUGGUUUUUCUCCUGAUGACUUGCAAAACCUGAUCCACUCACUUUCCUAUGUGUACCAAAGGAGUACGACUGCUAUUUCAAUCGUGGCUCCGGUAUGCUAUGCUCACCUUGCUGCACAACAGAUGGGGCAGUUUAUCAAAUUUGAGGAUUUUUCUGAAACCUCAUCAGGACAUGGAAGCGUGACAUCAUCUGGACCAGUUCCUGUACCAGAGCUUCCUCGGUUGCACAAAGAUGUCGCCGGUUCCAUGUUCUUCUGCUGACUUAAAGUUCGACCAGUACAGAUUAAAAAAAUAGGGCUUUAGGUUUCAUGUUGCCUGGUGUUUAUUUUUUACUUGCUGGGCAUAACUACAAACUGCAUUUUUCAGAUCCCUAAACCUUCUUCUAACGUAGUCCUGCAAAUAGAUAGCACAAAGUUAAUAGAGGAAUAGAAAUGUCUCAAAGUCUCUUCAAUUCAUUUUUGGAAGCAAGACUAGCUUUAGUGUUUAAAGAAGCAACCAGUGUGUUGUUCUAUUAGAGUGACAGUUAUUUUUUUUGUUUUUGAUCUGAUACGCUUUGGCCGACACUGUGUCCGUAAGUUGGGCGCUUAAAUUGCAUUCUUGUCUGAUGAAAACUUGAAUA